UGUUAUAGACUUUGAGAUAUUGGUAAACAACUGUGCGACGAAUGCAACUACGCUACAGACGGGGAAAUACCGUACACCACCCAUGAGUAUCAAGCAAUGACAGCCAUCAAUGAAAGAGAUACUUCUCAUGAUUGAAUAGAUUUGAAGCAAUUUGCUUGUUACUCGAGCUGAAGUAGGGAAGAGGGGACUCCUGUUUAGCACUAUCAACAAUGGAAGUCACCAAGAAAAAUUUUGCCCAAAUUCUGGAGGAACUAGAGACUGUCAUUCCAGCAUCAGAAUUUCUUGCCAUAGAUGGAGAAUUUACUGGGUUGAAUAAGGGUGAGGAAGUGACAGCAUUUGACACUCCAGCUUUGUAUUAUGAAAAACUUCGCAAAGGAUCUUCUGAGUUUCUUAUUGUCCAAUUUGGCUUGUGUGCCUUUUUAUAUGAUGAAAAAAGAAAGAAAUUUACUCACAAGGCAUACAAUUUCUACGUCUUUCCAAAGCCACCUGACCAGCGAGGCACAGAAAAAUGUUUUAAAUGUCAAGUAUCAAGUAUUCACUUCCUUGUUGAAAAUGGCUUUGAUUUCAACAAGCUUUACAGAGAUGGUAUUCCGUACCUCAGACAGGAUGAAGAGAAAAGACUGAGGGAGAAAUUAGAGGAAAAACACAAAGCUAGUAGUUCUGCAAAGAAUUGCAGCAAUGGUGAUGCCAAUGAUGUAAUUCCAGUACCUGCAGACAAAGCGGAAUUCAUAGAAGAUAUGUGCUCACAGAUCAAAAAUUUCCUGUCGGAGGAGGGGAAAGAGGAGCUUACUCUAGAGGGCUGUAAUGGUUUUGUACGAAAGUUGAUGUACCAGGAAGUCUCAGAGCGCUUCCAUGGAGUGCGACUGGAGACACGUAAAGCUGCUGGUGGUGACAGAAUACUGGUUGCUUCAAGACUCGGGACAAAUGAAGAAGAGCAGCAAAGACUAAAAGAUUUACAACUAGCAGAAAUUCAAGAUCUUGAUUCUGCCGUUGGAUUUAGUCACGUUAUCCGCAUACUUUCUCAGUCGGGAAAAUUAUUGAUUGGACAUAACAUGCUGCUCGACAUAUGCUUGAUUAUCAAUCAGUUUUGUACAGAACUGCCAGAAUCUUAUCUUGAGUUCAAGCAAAUUGUUUCUUUUAUAUUCCCAAGGUUACUUGACACCAAAUAUAUGAGUUUCUGCGAGCCUUUCAAAUCGCUGGUAAGCUCUACCGUUCUUGGUCAUCUGCAGAAGACAUUAUCUGAACCGCCUUUCGAGAGCAUAAAAGCAGAUCCAGCAGAGGAUGGGUACGGAUAUUCUGCUGAUAGUGACAAGUAUCAUGAAGCUGGAUAUGAUGCUUAUGUUACUGGAUUGUGUUUCCUUACUAUGGUCCAGCAUCUGGGUUUAAAGUUAACCUCAGAGAAGCUUCUACUCUCUGCAUCUCCAUUACUAAAGCCAUUUUUCAAUAGACUUUACCUGAUGAGAGUACUGGAUCAUCCAUUCAUCAGUAUUGACGAAAAUGAACCGGAACUUCCAAGAGACCACGUAUUUCAUGUUACAUUUCCAAAGGAAUGGAAAACACAUGAUGUAAUACAGCUAUUUAGCCCAUUUGGGCGGGUGUUUGUUUCAUGGCUCAAUGAUACCUCAGCUUAUGUAUCGCUUGAAAACAGAGAUCAAGCUAAGCUUGUUCUGCGAACGCUGACUCAGAGUGAUACUUACAGGGUGAUACCCUACAAACGCCAUCAGAUGUUGAAGCAGCCAAGUCCACCGUCCAAAAAACAACAAACCAAACCUUCAAUGAAGAGGCUUCGCACUGAGAAAGGCAUGGUCACUGGAAAAGGUGGGAUUGGUACCAUCCCAGAAGAAGAUGAAGAGUUGGAAGUUCCUAAUCAAGAUGAUCGUAAGGAUUCGGAUAGUAAUGUAAGCAAGAAACUGAAACUUGAGAAAAUAUUUGAAGAAAAUGAAACUUGGGAAUGAGAUUUUCCUAACAACAGAACCUUGCAGUGGACAAUAAAAGUGGUUUUUCUUAAAGUGUUUGAUGUAGUUUUGUACUGUUCUUGACAUUUUAUACUGUUAUGAAACAACAGAAUCAGAUUAAUGAUUAUAUGUCAAUCUGAUUAAGAUAUUUUCUAUUCGUGAACUUUUUACUUCUACUUUUAUAAAGAAUUUUAUGUUUUUUAAAAGUGUGAAGUUGUAUUGUUCUAGUUUUAGAGACAGAAGACCUUUUGUCUGAUACCACCUUCUCCAGUAACGGAAAGAACAAUGUCCAUAUUAAACUUGUCAUAAAUAAGUCAUCAGCUGAGUACAGUAGUGUAAGCAUCAAUUAAUCUCUAAUAUUACUAAAUCUCCAACAUUGCAGGAAAGUAAUAUCACCCUGUUGAAUGUUUACUUUCCAUAUUUCACUACAUAAAUGUAGACAGUGUUUUUGUUUCAUGUUGGUAGCAAUACUGUAACAACAAAUUGUUCACAUGUUGUAUCCUCUGAAAUAAUGGAUAUUGUAUAAACAGUUUCAGUUA